UUCCAAUCUAGUUGGCUUUGCGGCGCCAUCACCUCCCCUGGAAGUCGUCCAGGGGUGCAUUUGCCAUGGCGAUGUCGAUGGCAAAGUCAACGUCUUUGCCUGGCUUAUGGAAAAUGGGGACAGAGAAGCCACGAGGCUUGACAGGAAACGAGAAGAAGGUGACGCUGGCUUUCAAAGUCGGUGGGGAUCUAGGCUCAGCAGUGGACAGGAAGAAAGGACCAGCGUCGACGAAGGAGCAUAGAGAGCUUGCAGGACUUCUGAAGACUGCAGGCUGGCGGAUGAUGUAUACUGAGCAACCUGAAGAACCUCCACCAGCUGAGGAGGAGAUGAUCCCCCGAAAUAUGCGACAUCCAAGAGAGGCACCUGCCUGGCUGAAACAUGACAAGCAGGUCCUGCGCUUCUACGGCUUCUUCCAGGAGACGGUCACGGAGCGGCCGGACGAGAAUGCCCGCUACAGACACGUGUCCAUCAUGUUCCAUAUGGAAGAUGGCACCAUGAGCAUGCACGAGCCCAAGGUGGAAAAUUCGGGCCUCGCUCAAGGCCCCUUCCUGAAGAGACAGAAAGUGAUGCGGCAGGAUGGCAUGGCCUAUUUGGGACCCGAUGAUUUGAAGGUGGGCCAAGAGAUCACCAUCUACGGCCGCACCAUUCACAUCAAUGGAUGCGACCGAUUUACCCGCUGGUUCUUUGAGCAGAAUGGCAUCUGGCUUCCUCCUGAAGAACCGGUCGUCGAGGACCAGUGGCAGAAGUCCUACAAGCUGAAGAAGAUGAUCGAAAGAGGAGAAAUGCCUCUGUCGCGGGCUUCGGUUGAUGCCAAACACCUGGCAAAGUACAUGAGCGGGGCUCCGCAUGUGGACAUGAAAUUCACCCAGUUUGCCCUCAAUGAAAGGAAGGUGCUUCGCUUCAAGGCAUAUUGGGAUGAUCAUACACCGUAUGGAGCGCGGAUCUAUUUCAUCAUCCACUACUUCUUGGCGGACAACACGGUGGAGAUCAACGAGGCUCACUGCCGCAACUCUGGACGCGAUUCCUAUCCGAUGUUCAUGAAGCGCGGCCCCCUGUCCAAGAAGAACCAGGUCUUGGCUGUACCAGGCCUGCUUGCAGCAGAAGGCCAGAUCUACUACCCCCACGACUUCCGAGUGGGACAGUCCAUCAACGUUUGGGGGCGAAAGCUGGUGAUCUACGACUGUGAUGAUGCGACACAAAAGUUCUACAAGCAGUACAUGGACAUUGACCAGCGUGAGGGAUGCCUGGAUGUUUCCGAGAAACCUGUGACGCACCUGAAGCUGACGCCGCCUCCCCACAAUGGAGUUGGUCGCGAAGAGGACUCCUUGAUCAACUGCAGCAUGAUUCAGCCAAAGCCUCCGAAAGUGGACUUGGAAAAGCUGAUGUUGUACACCGGCGAAGUCAUGAGGUUUGAAUGUCAGAUGGUGAACGGAGAGCCUGAAGAUGAAAUGCGGCGCUUGGUGAUUGCCUACUAUCUGGCAGAUGAUGAAGUUGCUGUCUUCGAGGAGCCAAUACGAAACAGUGGCCAUAUGGGUGGUCGAUUUUCAGAGAAGCGUCGCAUCAAGAACCCGGCCACUGGGGAAUAUUUCAAGUUGAGUGACUUGUUUGUGGGGCAGACCGUGGUGAUCGCGGCGCAGCCACUCCGCAUCACCCGUGCUGAUGAGCACUGCUUGCAAUACCUUGAGGCCCAUCCAGAGGAGUUCCCCUACGCCAGCCCGCUGGCCUGUGCCCGACGCAUCUUGCCAUUGGCAGCUGAGCCAGAGAUGCAAGACGAGAAGGGUCUUGAGCCAGACCGUUUGAAGGACCUGGCUGCCGCCGCAGGGGUCUACUUGGUGGACCACGAAGUGGUGACGCUGCUGCGUCACUUCGGAGUAGCUGGUGGUGACAACCAGCCACCCAGGGUCCUUGGACCCUUGGCACUUCAGUGUGCUCAGAGCUGAACAGCCUUGCGGGACAUGAAAUGUUUCUGCAGAGCAGUGCCCAGUUGACCCCUG